UGUCCUUUUAUACUCCUCACAGGAGGCCAAGGCUAGCUUCUUGAACUGGCUACUGACACGAGCAGAUCAAAAUGGCCUCGUCACAUUGUCCAAGGCCUCCUUCAGAAUGGUGUCCUGCUCUGAGCUCCAGGAUGGUCCCUCGCUGCCUGAGGGCUCUCUGGCCCUGGUCACCAAUUCCUCAGAGUCCCAGAGCUGGGCGCAGUUCAAUAUGGAGACCUACAGCAAGAACCUAAAGACCAGUCUACUGGGGCACACCCUGUUGUAUGCUGAGGUUGUCACGUCUACCAUGGAUCUGCUGCAAGGGCUGACUCUGCACUUACCAAAGGAUGUUGGUUUGAUAGCGGUAGCUUCUCGACAAAGCCAGGGUAGAGGUCGGGGCAGGAAUGCCUGGCUCAGCCCUUUGGGUUGUGCCAUGUUCUCUUUGAUGGUCCAGGUUGAGCUAAGUUCCAGGCUUGGACAGAGGAUUCCCUUCAUGCAGCAUCUGGCUGCUCUGGCAGUGGUGGAGGCUGUUCGCACACUUCCUGGAUACCAGGACAUAGACCUGAGGGUGAAAUGGCCCAACGACAUCUAUUACAGUAGCCUGAUGAAGCUUGGGGGAGUGCUGGUGACUUCCACUGUGAUAGGAUCAACCUUUCAUCUGCUCAUAGGCUGUGGGUUCAAUGUCACAAACAGCAACCCAACAGUGUGCAUUAAUGACCUGAUCCAGCAGUACAAUGUGCAGCAUAACUGCAACCUGCAGCCGCUCAGCUGUGCCCAGCUCAUUGCUCGAACUGUCAGCUGCCUGGAGGUUCUUAUCAACAGCUUCCAACAAGGAGGCCCAGAUGCUGUCCUGCCCACCUACUACAAGAGAUGGCUUCACAGCGGGACUCGGGUGCAUCUCUGGAGUGAGGAUGGACUGGAGGCUGAGGUUGUGGGUCUGGACCAAAACGGUUUCCUCAAAGUGCACAACAAGGAGCAGGGCGUGGUGUCAGUGGAGCCUGAUGGGAACUCUUUUGACAUGCUGAAGAACCUGGUGGUCAUCAAGCAGCAUUAGGACCAAAUUCAGCAAAGUAGAGAAUCAUUCCCCUAACCCUGAUUUAACCAAAUAUGGAGUUAUUUAGUCUGGCAGAAAAUGUAUCUGUGUAACUAUAUAAAUGUAUGUAAGUAUAAUAAAAAGAUAAAAUAAUAUGUUUUCUAAUUGAUAAAUACAUAAUUAAAUUCGUUCCUGGUUAACAGUA